AACGUUGCUUGCCAACCGCCAGUAAACAAACAAAAAAAGAAGAUGACAUCAUCAAACAGCGACUGCAUGUGUUUUUACAAACGUGCAAUCCUCACACCGGCAUCGUUUUAAAACUUUCAUCAGUUCGCCCUUUAAUUGCAUCAUUUCAUGUUUUCGUCAUUAUUGAAUGUGUUGUGAAAAUGUCUGUUUUUCAUGACGAAGUGGAGAUAGAGGACUUUGAAUACGACGAAGACGAAGAAAUGUUUUACUUUCCGUGUCCCUGCGGAGACAAAUUCGCCAUCAGCAAAGAGGAUCUAGAAAACGGUGAAGAAGUGGCAUCGUGUCCCAGCUGCUCGCUUAUUGUCAGGGUUAUCUACGACAAGGACUCAUUCAUGGUGGGAGAAGUGUUGGAGGCCCCCUCAGAAAGCAAAGUGGAGGUGCUUCAAACCUGAUUCACACUUGACUAAACAAGGACAAAGGUGUCCUUGAUGACUGCUGAUGUAUGCAUCUGCCUUAUUUUCGGACUUGUUUCUGCACUUUAUUGUCCACUUAGCAGGUAAUAUUGAUGACCCAACCGGCAUUACAUUACACAUGCUGUAAAAUACAUUUUUAUAUUGCUGACAAACUUGCUUUAUGCUCUGUAAUUGAUGGAAAAAUACACAAAUUCAGCAUUUUUUUGCACAAGAAACUUAACAAUCCCACACAUUACAUUAAUAACACAGAUCAGUGGACAAAUACUCAUAUUUAUUUAAUGUUAUUAUUUGUACUCUUCCUGAUGUCAUCACCGCUGUUGAUUCCUCACAUGAUCAGAUAAUAGCUCACGUGAUCAGUCCCGAAGCAGCUUAUAAAAAAGUGUGCUGAGGUUGUUUGUUAAGGAAUGGAAUUAGAAAUGUGUAAAUAUGUCAAUGUUCAUGUUAUUUUAUUGAUUUGUAGUCAUGGCAUUGUGUAAGUAAUGCAAAAGACAUGUUGUACUUACAAUAGCAUGUCUCAAGUACUUUCUUCAUGCUAAUGAUACAAUUAUUUUAAAUAAAUCAAUGACUUCUAUUAAAAUCAUGAUGCCUGUAAAGAAUUGUAUUUAUUUGGUUGUAUUAUUACUUACACCAGGAGGUUAUGUGAUUGCUUUAUAGUUUUUUUCAGUUAAUUAGUGAGUAACAUAAUUAAAAAAGGUAUGGGCAAAUUUUCUUGAACAUUUUUUUGGGUGGAUAAUUA